UGAGCAACAGUCCGUGCCCGGAAACCAAGGCCGAGGCAACCCCGGCCGGGUCGGUUCGCGCCCAGCCCGGUCGGUUCGCGCCCAGCCCAGCUCAGGUGACCAGGCGGGAACUUGGCACACCUGGCGCAGUCCCCUGACCCCGCCCCAGGCCGGGCCGCACCCCGGAACGCUCUCUCCGGGCGCCAGCGGCGGCGGUACAGGGCCAUGGCGGCUGCGGCAGCGGUGUGCGCCUCGCAGGGGCCCCCGCCGAGUGCACCGUCCGCGCCAGCAGCUGCGCCCGCACCCGCGACCGGCCUGGGCCGCUGCCGGAUGGCGCUGCUGUUGGCCGUGGCGCUGGACGUGGCGGGCAUGGCGGCGCUGCUGACCGGCGUGUUCGCGCAGCUGCAGGUGCGCGGCCGCGACUUCGGGGACCUGCUUAUCUACUCGGGCGCGCUGCUGGUGUUCCUGAGCCUGCUGGGCUGGAUCCUCUGGUACACGGGCAACAUCGAGAUCUCGCGCCAGGAGCUGGAGCGCGACUACGGCCUGCGGCCCUCGGCGCUCGCCCGCCUGGCGCGCAAGCUCUCCCGCCGCUGGUCGGCGCCCGCCGCCGCCGGCUCGCGCCCCACGCCCGGCUCCCGGAGAGCGCGCCGAGCCACCCGGGCGCCCCCGCCGCCCGCCGCCGGCUCCCGCCGCGUGCGCCUGCAGCUCGCCACGCUCGAGGCCGGGCCCGGGGCGGCGGGCGGGGGCAGCGAAUGAGGCCCAGUCUACAGAUGGCCAGUUGGUCCCUGUUCCUGCUCUUCUCUAUAUGAGGAGUGCCCUUGGCUGUCUCCACUCCACCUAGAAAACUUCUCACAUGUUUAAGAUCCAACUCAAUUUCUCUGGCUUUCUCUGGAUCUUCAUAUUGUCUGAGUGACUCCUCUUGCUGCGUGUAUGGCCGUCUGCUGGGUCUGUGUUGGUACAGUCUCUCCCACCUGACGGGGAGUGCCUUGAGGGUAAGACCUAGAUUCCUGGUGCCCUUGUUCCUAGCAUUGCCCAGCAAAAAGGGUGAAAUCAGGAAAGGUUGGUGGUUGGGUAGGAAGGUGGAAGGAUGGAUGGAUAAAUGGACGGAAGAAUUGAUGGCUGGAUGGGUGGAU